AUGAGUUAUCGACGGCCUUUAGAUGUGGGACAGGGGAUGAGGGAUGUUAUGAGUAAUGGUCGCGAGAUUCAAGUGAUGAAAGACUGGAGACAAAAUGAGGGCGCGUUUGUUCACCAGGGACUGGCCUCGCCAACUGAGUAUAAUAAUCAGCGCGCAGAAUGGAGGAUCCCUAUCAGCCGCAAGCUAGAGGAUUUGUCUGAAGCAAUUAAAUCUUUUCAGGUUGGCGAUUCGGUGGCGAUUUCUCAAGAUUCCUUCCAAAAGAGACUCUCUAAUGUGGGAAAUAUCCUGCAAGAGCUCGACGAAGUCCCUGGGGUCUUGGCCAGUGUCUACCAAAUAAGCGAUGCAUAUCGCGGAGAGGUGCGGUUAAAAAACUUGGUCUGGGACUUUUACGGGACAUUGGUAGACUGUCUUUCAGAGCUUCUGAGUAUCUUGAACAGGACGUAUAAGGACGUUAACGUUUUCAAGAAGAUUGUCAAGCAGAUGCCGGAAGUAGAAGCGGCAAAGAUUAGUGGCAUAUCGAAGCGGAUAUACAAGGCGAAGCAAUUGGUCUUUGAAGCCACAGCUCAUUUGGAUAGGAAUGUAUGGCAAGAUACUAAAGUGUCAGCACAGCAAGGGCGUAUCGCAGCCGAGGCCACCCGGAAAACAGCUCAUGAUAUUAAAGUCAAGGUUGUGGAACUGCAGCAAGAGACGAGCGAAGGCCAUGACAGGUUGUCUUCCCAGGUGGACCAGUUUCGCUCACAGAUGGUUGAAGCUGCUAAUGGAAUGAGCGACGAGAUGGCACAAACAAGGAAACGACUGACUAAGGAUGGAGAAGAGAGAAAGGAGUUUGAGGCUGGGCUACAGAGACUCGUCGAUGCUUUGCCCGCGACGAUUCACGAGCAGUUACAGAGCGCCUUGUAUCAAUUUGUGGCGGAUGCUAUCGUGCAGCGAAGCCUCUUUGCGCUCCCAUCAAAUGCCCUCGCUCCUAAUCCACCGCCGCAACAAACUAUUCAGUAUACACCCACGCCCGUUUUGACUGAGAGCGACAUCGUCAACUUGCUUCAGACGCCCGAUCCCAUCGCAGAUGCGGAGCGUAUUCUGCGCAAAGAAAGUCUAAUGAGCGAUGAAGCACUAGGAUAUGCCACUCUUUUAAGGCAAAAGCGACAAUUCCAAGAAUGGCUAUCAUCAGAAGCGCCUGGCUUGGUGCUAGUUGAUGGUUGCUGUCGCACAGAAAGUGUAGGACGAUCAUCUCCAAUGUCUUUCUUUACGGCUUCUUUCGCGUCUACUCUGCUCCAAACUCAGAGCGGUAUGGUACUGCAGUUCUUUUGCAGCAGUCAUACUGACCCCCUAAAGGAUGAUUCUGGUCCCAAGGGGCUCUUGAAGAGUAUCAUUUGCCAGCUACUGCUGUAUCCGAAACCCUAUAGCCUCUCCCUUGACUUUGUUGACCAAAGCUUGUAUGACGCCGUAGCAGCAAGCAACACCGAUGCACUUUGCUUCAUGUUUGAACGCUUAUUCUGGCAAAUACAGCCAACAACCACGGUCUAUAUCCUCUUGGAUAGCAUUUCUGAUUUUGAAUCCAGUCUUCACGACAACGGAGAAAGAAUGGAGCGAGCACUGGCUUCGUUUCAAGGUCUAAUAAGACCUGUUAUCCAAGGAUUUGCUUUCGGGCCAAAACUAAAGCUCUUUAUGACAAGCCCCAACAGGAGCCACCUGCUAAUUCAUCGUGUCGACCGCGUCAGAGAAAAUAUUCGACUUAAUGCUGCAGCUCUAGGCGAUAACGGCUGUGUCCGUCUCACGGCUUUUGUGCUGUGGUGA